CAGACUUCUACCAACAAACCGUCACAGAGAUCAGACUGAAUUCAGAAGUUCUGGUGUAUUUUGUCACAGUCUGUGUGUUUGCUCAGUGAAGGCAAAAAGACCAGGAAAAGGUUUUAGUGUUUGUGAAAAAGUCUUUGUGUGCUGAGCACUUUUAUGAUUUGAUGAGUUUAUGACAGUAAUAAAGGUCAGUCAUUGGCGCUCUUGGAAGCUGCACAGUCAACAACCAGUGUGAUGAACUUCAGUCAGUGUCCACUCUACAGCAGAAACAGUUUGAACUCCUUCACAGGAGCAACGGUUAGUGAGGAGCUGCUCAGAAAGAAGGUGGAAAAUAAGCUCAGAGGAAAGGCUCUCUGGGGUCCUUAUGCUGAUAAUGUGCAUGAAUGAUAAUGAUAAUGACAAUGACAACAACAACAACAACAAUAAUAAUAAUAAUAAUAAUAAUAAUAAUAAUAGCAUGAAAUAUUUCCUUUUAAUUUUGAAUAUCCAGUUUUAUAGGCACACAAACAGAUCUGCAGUAACACCAUCUAACAUAACACCAUGAACAUAAAUGAUAUCUGACAUGAUAGAAAAUAUGAAAUAAAUCACUUUUAUUGAUCAGACAAUACUCUGUUUCUGGAGUAUUUAUUACAGCAUGUCCAGAUUAUUUCUCUGCUCUUGUUUUACUCGCUCUCUUGUUUUCUCUGAUUUAGUCUCUUUGAUUGGAGUUGUUGUUAAUGAGUAACAUCAAGGUUCAAUUCAUUCAACAAUAAAACAACUCUUCAUCUUUACAAUACUGAUCAAACUGAUGAGACGGUCAAACUCCAGACCAGAUAACACCAGAUAUGAAACGCUCAUAUCAGUAAAAACAUGAUUUAUGAAAUACAAUCAGACCAUGAAGAGAUGCUAGGACAUGAAUAUACAGAUUAUUUCUAUCAAACAUGCUCCAGUUUUUCUUUUUCAUACACCACUUAAAUUACAGCAGCACAUCAGCAAACUCAAUCCAACACUGAACUUUGAGGUUUCGCUUCAAGUUUCAGAAAAACUCUGAUGUUUCAAACAAAUGCUCCGAUUUCAACAAAGAUUUCAACUUAGUUUGCUGCUUUUAAAAUGAUCAUCAUCCAUCAGCUGAGCUCUGAUUGGCAGCUUACAUAAACCUAUUCCCUGUCUUUGAAAGGUUUCUGAACAUGAUCAGAGUAUUGACCUUUUCCUUUAAACCUGAUCGAUCAACAACAGCAGAUGAACAUGAUGUCUGUCUUUUCUGAGAGCUUUUCUUUGCUGUCUGAUCUCCUCUGGAAUAAAAAGGAGAGAACUGCUCAGGGACAAAGCUGAAAACUACUUUGACCUGCUCUCAGAUAACCAGAUAAACAAAUUUAUAUAACUGAUAUAUUUAUGAAUAUGAUCAGUAAAUCAUUGAUAGAGCAGGAUCCAUCUCUGGGUGUGAGAAAUGAUCAAUUUUUAUUGUCCAAUAAAAUAAUACAGAGCCCAAAGUCCACUCAGAGUUUGAUUUAGUGUCAUAAAUGUGACAGAAAGUCCAAGUUUGAAGGAGUGACGUUGAUUUCAGAGUGAAUUAAAUUUGUUGUCCUUCAUUUCAAAGGUGAAAUGUCAUUUUUCUGAGUCUGUUUCAUCGAUUUGGGGUUGAGUCAAAGUUGAAUUGGACUCCUUAUCAGAAGAUCUCUCAUGGUUGGUUCUUUCUGGAGCAGACAGAAGGAGAACUUGAAUGUUUCCACAUGUACGCAGGUUUAACUCUCAGAUAUCACAUCAGAUAUUAUCCUGGAUCACUCUGAGGUUUCUCUGUCUCGUCCUGACAGCAGGUCUCUCUCUCAGGGUCCUGCUGUGUGACUGGAGCUGGACUCUGGUUCCUGAGUGUUUGUCACUGAUUUCAUGUCUGUUCAUGUUUGUAGACUUUGACUGUUCAGUGAUGAGAGUGUGACAGCGUCCUCAGAUUAUUGAUGAUGAUGAACUGAUGAAGGACGAUCAGCUGCAGUCUCUCUCUUUGUCUUUCUGCUACAGGUGAAACAGGAAGUGGAUCUGGAUUCACCUGGUGAGUAUUUUCUUCAUUCUGUCAAACAUCAAACUGAAAGUUUUCACAUGUCUUCUUCAUUUUGAACAGAACUGGACUCUGAAUGGAUCCAGAUGAGCUCUCUAGUAAACAGGAAUGACUCUGGCUCCAUCUGGUGGUAGAAUCAGGAAUGACACUGUGGUGGAGGACAGUAUGUGGCUCAGGUUGAACUGACUGAGUAUGUUGUUGUGUUUGUGUGAAGGUGGGGGCUCUGCUAUGAAUCAGUGUGAGGACAGAGAGGAGGGGGCCCCUCCCUCUAAAACCACUCUGUGGGGGGAACAUGAGAGCCAGACCAAAGUUCAGAGGUGAGAUGAGGAUCUCCAACUGUCCAUGACUCUUCUCCAUGUCAGAGCUCAGCACUCACAUCACUCCACCAUCACUAUUAUUCACACUCAGACCUCUGUCUGUCUGUCUGUCUGUCAAAGACCUGAACAGCAGUACAGACCAGACUCUCCUGGACCUGAACCUGGACCCAGCUGUGUGUCCUUAAAGAGUGACUGGUCUACGGAUCGAGUGAUUACUUUCAAAGAUGGACAUCAGUCUGAUCAUCAAAAGUAAUAAUCUAUAACAGCAGCACUUAAACCUCAAAGAUUUUCAGUGUUCUUCUUUCUUCAUAAGUGUUUGUGUUUCUGUCAGAGUCAAACAUGAGAGACCAGACUCUCCUGGACCUGGACCCAGCUGUGUGUCCUUAAAGAGUGACUGGUCUAUGGAUCGAGUGAUUACUUUCAAAGAAGGAAAGAUCUAUGAUGAGCAAAGGUGAGACUUUCACACUGAACUUUCUUUUGUUGUGUGUGAAACUUUUCAUCCUAACUGUGGUCAGUGUUUUCUCUGUGAAGGUGAAGAUUUUUCAGGGUUUGUGUUUCUAUCAGGAUCCAACAGCAGUAAACAGGAUCUGAGCCACAAAGACCUGGACUCUGCAUGUAUCUUCAUGUGUGUCUGUAGGAGGAUCCAGCAGUGUUUCUACCAGGAUCCUCUAGAUAGACUCUCUCACAUGUAACCCUGUGUCUCCUUAUAUUAUAUCCACUACAUUAGAUUCUGUUUGUUCCACAGAGUUCAGCAGCAGAGAUCAGAGGUUCCCAUUGGUCAGUCUGCCCAGCAGCAUCAAACACAGCUGGACUCCAUAUUUAUGGUAGGUGUAAAUGUACAAACACAGCUCCUACUGAUCAUCAGAGCAGACACUCAGUAUAUUUGGAGGUUUCUGGACUGUUUCCUAAUGACUCUGCAAACAUCAUCUCUGCCUGAAUUAUCUUCACACUCACAGUUUCACUGAGGUUUCUCCACUAUGAAGGUCAGGUCAUAGAAACUGGAUUUGUAGAAGACAGGACCAUCUACAAAGUCAAUCCUGAAGCAGCAUUGUGAUCUAGUCUCCAUGCUGGACUCUGUAGACCAGCAGGCUUUCUGUCUGUCACAGAUGAUCUGAUGUUCAGUUCUACAAGUUCAAGUUCAUAUUUUGUUCUGUUCCAGCUGCUCCAGGAGAACAUGAUCAGCUUUGUGAAGGAGCAGCUGAGGGAGAUCCAGAGAGUUCUGAGUCCAGAUGAACCAGAAUACUUAGAGAGUCAGAGGGAGGAAGAGGAUGAGGAGCAGAGGAGGAGCAGAGAGGCAUUUCUGAAGAUCACUUUGAACUUCCUGAGGAGAAUGAAGCAGGAGGAGCUGGCUGACUGUCUGCUGAGCAGUAAGAGGAUUUGAAGAGAUUUAACAUGAUGGAGACAACAUGGGAGAGGCUUAGAGUUCAGACUCUGCUGUUCAUAUGAUGCACACAUUUGUAUCACAUCUAUGAACUGAGAGAAACUGAUCACAGCUGAUGAGCUGAAGAGAUUUCAGAGAGGAGGGAAAUCAAAUCCAUCCUGAUGUCUUCAAGUGUCAAUUCAUCAGACUGAUUGUAGCUUCAGAUGAUUCAUCACAUUUCUUUUUGUUCAUUCAGGAUCUGCUGCUGCAGAGGUCCGACACAAACUCAAGUCCAACCUGAAGGAGAAGUUCCAGUGUGUGUUUGAGGGGAUUGCUAAAGCAGGAAACCCAACCCUUCUGAACCAGGUCUACACAGACCUCUACAUCACAGAGGGAGGGACUGGAGAGGUCAACCAUGAACAUGAGGUCAGACAGAUUGAAACAGCAUCCAGGAGAGCAGAGCGACCAGAAACAACCAUCAGACAAGAAGACAUCUUUAAAGGCUCACCUGGAAGACAGGAACCAAUCAGAACAGUGAUGACAAAGGGAGUGGCUGGCAUUGGGAAAACUGUCUUAACACAGAAGUGGACUCUGGACUGGGCUGAAGACAAAGACAACCAGGACAUCCACUUCACAUUUCCAUUCACCUUCAGAGAGCUGAAUGUGCUGAAAGAGAAGAAGUUCAGCUUGGUGGGACUUGUUCAUCACUUCUUCUCUCAAACCAAAGAAGAAGAAAUCUUUCAUGACUUCAGGGUCGUGUUCAUCUUUGACGGUCUGGAUGAGUGUCGACUUCCUCUGGACUUCCACAACAAUCAGGUCCUGACUGAUGUUACAGAGUCCAGCUCAGUGGAUGUGCUGCUGACAAACCUCAUCAGGGGGAACCUGCUUCCCUCUGCUCGCCUCUGGAUAACCACAAGACCUGCAGCAGCCAAUCAGAUCCCUCCUGAGUGUGUUGACAUGGUAACAGAGGUCAGAGGGUUCACUGACCCUCAGAAGGAGGAGUACUUCAGGAAGAGAUUCAGAGGUGAGGAGCAGGCCAGCAGAAUCAUCUCCCACAUCAAGACAUCCAGAAGCCUCCACAUCAUGUGCCACAUCCCGGUCUUCUGCUGGAUCACUGCUACAGUUCUGGAGGAUCUGCUGAAGACCAGAGAGGGGGGAGAGCUGCCCAAGACCCUGACUCAGAUGUACAUCCACUUCCUGGUGGUUCAGUCCAAACUGAUGAACAUCAAGUAUGAUGGAGGAGCUCAGACUGAUCCACACUGGAGUCCAGAGAGCAGGAAGAUGAUUGAGUCUCUGGGAAAACUGGCUUUUAAGCAGCUGCAGAAAGGAAACCUGAUCUUCUAUGAAUCAGACCUGACUCAGUGUGGCAUGGAUAUCAGAGCAGCCUCAGUGUACUCAGGAGUGUUCACACAGAUCUUCAGAGAGGAGAGAGGACUGUACCAGGACAAGGUGUUCUGCUUCAUCCAUCUGAGUGUUCAGGAGUUUCUGGCUGCUCUUCAUGUCCACCUGACCUUUACCAACUCUGGAGUCAACCUGAUGGAAGAAGAACAACAAAAAACAUCCUCAAUCUGUAAAAUCUUCAGAGUCAAACAAAAUCUGACAAAUCUCCAUCAGAGUGCUGUAGACCAGGCCCUACAGAGUCUGAACGGACACCUGGAUUUAUUUCUACGUUUCCUCCUGGGUCUUUCUCUGCAAACCAAUCAGAAUCUCCUGAGAGGUCUGCUGACACACACAGGAAGUAGCUCACAGACCAAUCAGGAAACAGUCCAGUACAUCAAGAAGAAGAUCAGUGAGGAUCUGUCUGCAGAGAAAAGCAUCAAUCUGUUCCACUGUCUGAAUGAACUGAAUGAUCAUUCUCUAGUGGAGGAGAUCCAAGAGUCCCUGAGAUCAGGACGUCUCUCCACAGAGGAACUGUCUCCUGCUCAGUGGUCAGCUCUGGUCUUCAUCUUACUGUCAUCAGAAAAAGAUCUGGACGUGUUUGACCUGAAGAAAUACUCUUCUUCAGAGGAGGCUCUUCUGAGGCUGCUGCCAGUGGUCAAAGCCUCCAACAAAGCUCUGUAGGUGGACACAUGAGAGAUGAAACAUUAUUGUUCAUGAGAGAUGAAACUUUGUGUCUGUGCUAAUCACUGAUUCUUCUUCAGGCUGAGUGGAUGUAAACUGUCAGAGAGAAGCUGUGAAGCUCUGUCCUCAGUCCUCAGCUCCCAGUCCUCCAGUCUGAGAGAGCUGGACCUGAGUCACAAUGACCUGCAGGAUUCAGGAGUGAAGCUGCUGUCUGCUGGACUGAAGAGUCCUCACUGUAACCUGGAAACUCUCAGGUCAGGUUUUCUGCUGAUAACAUUUUGUUGUUGUUUGAAUGAAAUUGUUAAAAGUCUGUACACUUUUCCUUGUUUCAUAUAUUUUUUUGACUCCAGGUUAUCAGACUGUCUGAUCACAGAAGAAGGUUGUGCUUCUCUGGCCUCAGCUCUGAGCUCCAACCCCUCACACCUGAGAGAGCUGGAGCUGAGUAACAAUGACCUGCAGGAUUCAGGAGUGAAGCUGCUGUCUGCUGGACUGAAGAGUCCUCACUGUAAACUGGAAACUCUCAGGUCAGGUUUUAUGCUGAUUGAGUUUUAUAGUUGUUUGAAUGAAAUUGUCUAAAGUUGGUACUUUUCCUUGUUUCAUAUAUUUUUUUGACUCCAGGUUAUCAGGCUGUCUGAUCACAGAAGAAGGUUGUGCUUCUCUGGCCUCAGCUCUGAGCUCCAACCCCUCACACCUGAGAGAGCUGGACCUGAGCUACAAUCAUCCAGGAGACUCAGGAGUAAAACUGCUUUCUGCUGGACUGGAGGAUCCUCUAUGGAGACUGGAAACACUGAGGUAUAACCAGACAGUUUCUGAGUCAUAGACAACUACAGAUAUAUUUGGUUUCUGCUGCCUGAGGUCUUCACUUAGCAGGUCCAUCUUUCUGAUGGACUCUUGGAUGUGAACUGUGUCAUCCUGGAUAGUAGCUCUGAUGCUCACAAGUUUUUUGCCUCCCUCCUUCCCCUUAGUGUAGAUCCUCAGGGUUCUAGAUUUAGGGUGAACACAUCCAUUUGAGUAUUUUGAGGAGCUUUCUUGUCUUGAUGUCAGUGGUUUCUAUUUCUUUCUUUGGCCAGGCUGUGAUGCCAGCAGGGUAUCUGAUCACUGUCAGAGCAAAGGUGUUGAUGGUUUGGAUCUUGUUCCAGCUGACAUACAGCUUGAUGUCAUCCAUGUAGAGGAGGACAUUAAUCCUUCACACAAUAACAGCAGAUAUUUGUCUGCAACACUGGGCACCUGGAUGAGCAUCUUCUCUGAAUGGCCCAGCUCUAACAUGUGUAGCUGAACUGUAGGUUUGUCUUCCAGUCUGAAUCCUCCUCUGUUCAACAGUUUUUAGUUUCCUCUGAGGUCAGAAACCUUUUAAAUAUGAAGAACCAUUUUAAAUCCUCUUUAUAGAGGGACGCAAAAAUUGAAAUAAAGCAUUUAUAAGUAAAAAGGUUAUUAUACAGGAAUUGAUGAACUGGUUUCCAAAUUCAUGAGUUCAUCCAUGAACAAAUAGAGGAGUUAUGAAGUGAUUCUACGAAUGAAUCUUUAAAACUGUAGAACAGUUUAUUAUUUUAAAAUACAUGAAUGAACUACUUUAUCAAUAGUUUAAAAAUCAGUUUGAAAAUGCAAUUUUAUAAAAGAGAAACAAAGAAGUAAAUCCACAAUCUGAGGUAAGAAUACAGCUUUAAAUCAGCCAUUUAAAGGACAAUUCCUCCUUUUCUUCAUUUCCAUUUCCUAACUGCUUUUAAUUUUUUUAAUCUUUUAUCUUUCCGUUCCCCCUCUCCAUUUUUCCUUUCUUCAUACUUUGGGCCUUGAGCUGGUAAAACAAUGCAGAUGAGCCAUGAAACAAGCUCUCUGAUUGGUUAUAACCUGGCCUAUUACAUGCAGAUGUCUGCAGGGAGGUGAAGAUGAUAGAAGAUGAGGAAGAAUAGACCUUAUCCAGUGUUCCAGGAUGAAAGAGGUCCAAACCUGGAUAUUGUGACUCUGUGGUCAUUUCUCAGCUCCCUGAUUGAUGAACAGACACACAGACUAAAAACAGAGAUGAUCAGGAGAGAGAUGGGCUCAUAUUUGAAGUUCAAACACAUUUGACAGUCCUUUAGCCCACGUCAGAACUCAGAGAAGAUGCUUUAUUACACCUGAUGUUACAAGAUGAAGGUUCACAUCUAGUUGAAUGAUCAGAUCAGAACAACAUCCAGAGCUCCUCCAGAUCCUUUAUUUCAUUCAUCCAUACAGACCAGGAUCAACUCUCCUGGCUGACAUGGGAAGGCCUUCUCUUCUUGAUUUUCUGCUCUCUUUGUUUGAUGAGCCAUCAAAGAAACCCUCAGAGCUACAGAGAAACACCUCCUUCAUACAUCCACCCUCAGUCAGAAACAUGGACUCAAAGUACUGGCUGCAGAAGUGGGUUCAAAGGAGAUCAGAUAGUCUUCAUUGAGCUUCAUCAGCUGAGCUCUACUGCUUUACUGACACAGCUACAUUCAGUGAGAGCAGCAGCAGACCUGUCAGUCAUGAUCAGGUCAGCUGAGGGGCUGUUUGAGGACAUGCUCUGACUUUGCUCCACUUCCUGUCCAUCCCAAACUGCAGGAAAUCCACCUGCUGUUCCAGGUGUGAUGCUCCUACUCCCUCUGCUCUAGCUGACUCUGAAUGAUCCAAGAAGAGCCUCACACACUCACAUGAGUUCAUCUGAGAGCUUUCAUUUCAUCUUCAUUCAUAUUUAGAAGAAGAGAGCCCACUACUUCAUCUCUCUAUCUUCAUCUCUCUAUCAGAAAAAGUGACAGAGUGAUGGAGACUGUUGGCUCAGAUGAGUUUCAGCCUGUUUCUCUGUCACAGGGACAAACUGAGGAACUCUGCUUCAUGUUGGACAGCAGGUAGGACUCAUGUUGGACACUCAAUCAUUCUGACUGUGUUUCUUCCUCCAGGGUGGACCAUGGUGGAGAGCAGAGGUUAAAACCUGGUCUGAAGAAGUGUAAGUGUGGAAUCAGUUUGACUCCUGAUGACCAAACAGCAGACUGUCAGCUAACAAAGAAGAAAGCCUUCAGGUGUGUCUGAUGAUAACCUGCUGCUGUGUUGUGUCUUUUUGUCUCUGUCAGAUUUCUCUGAACUCACACUGGACUCAAACACAGCACACAGACACCUCAGACUGUCUGAAAACAACAGGAAGGUGACACGUGUGGGAGACUUUCAGUCAUAUCCUGAUCAUCCAGACAGAUUUGACUUCUAUCCUCAGUUUCUGUGUAGAGAUGGUCUGACUGGUCGCUGUUACUGGGAGGUCGAGUGGAGAGGAUGGGUUAAUAUAUCAGUGAGUUACAGAGAAAUCAGAAGGAAAGGACACAGUGUUGACUGUCAGUUUGGAUGGAAUGAUCAGUCCUGGAGUCUGUUCUGCUCUGAUGGAGGUUACUCUGUCCAUCACAAUAACAGAGGAACAGACCUCCGUCUCCCCUCGUCCUCUGUCUCUCACAGAGUAGCAGUGUAUGUGGACUGUCCUGCUGGUACUCUGUCCUUCUACAGCGUCUCCUCUGACACACUGAUCCACCUCCACACCUUCAACACCACCUUCACUAAACCUCUCUAUCCUGGGUUUGGGUUCUGGUUGUUGUCUGGUUCCUCAGUGAGUUUGUGUUCUGUGUCAGAGGGAGAGUCUCCUCCUCUCUACACAAACAGCAGCUGAAGAACAGUCGACCCUCUGCACUAACACAGACUUCAGCUGAUUAUCUGACUGUUUGUAUCCUGUCACAUCAGUCUCCAUGUCAAACUGGCUCACUGAACUGGACUGAUUUCUGUCUCUAUGGGGGAAAAAUCUGCCUCAUUCAGCACAUUUUUCUUCACUGUAUUGAUCAGAAAGUUUGUCUGAACAGUCAGAGUCAGACUCCUGAAACUCUUCUUCACCUGCUCAAGUGUUCACACCUGUGUUUAAAUGGAUGAAUGUUAUAUCCUCAUGAGACUGCAGGCUGGUUUGCACACACACACACACACACACACACACACACACACACACACACACACACACACACACACACACACACACACACACUGUCUGCAUGUUCAGGUUAAUGAGUUAAUGAAGAAAAUAAAAAAAUAAAAAUUAUAUAUAUAUAUCUAUAUAUAUAUAUAUAUAUAUAUAUAUAUAUAUAUAUAUAUGUGUGUACAUAUAUAUAUAUACAUAUAUAUACUUUAGGAGCCCUACUUUUACCUUAGCCCUGGUGGGCCACGCUGGCUUCCCAUCACAGGGUGCAGGAGAGGCAGCUGGAGCAGCUUGCUGUGGUGCUCAACUCUUCUCUGACACGAUCAGCCCACAUGACCCUCUCCUCCACAACCAAAACUUUUCCUGAUCUUCUGUCCCUUAAAGAGCUGACACUCCAGUUCAAGAGUCUGAACUGGGACGGUAGGGUCCGAGGCCUUCUCUAAUUUGCUCAACAAAGUUCGAGGGUUCAUCCCAGACAUGAACGUCAGCCUAACUGACAUUAAUAACAUUAAGCUAGAGUAAACCGCCAUUGGACUUUCCAACUUUAAUCACCUUAAAUUAAUUUAACACAUUCCAUAAUUAUUGAUUUCUUUAUCCUGUACAUUGAAGUCAUAUCCUCCUGUCUAAUUACCAACCAGAUCUCUCUGUGUGUCUCUGAGCCCCUCAGUCUCUCAGGUUCCUGUAGACUGAUGUUACAGAUGGUUGGCUGCUGCAGACCUGCCUGACUCCAGCUGCAUCAUUUAUGAUUGUCCGCCUCAGGCCUUGAGCUGCUUCUUCUCUCAGGUUCCUCUGGACUGUUGCUGCAGACAUGAACGUCAGUCUAACUGACAUUAAUAACAUAAAAGUAAAAUUAACCACUGUUAGUCCUUCUGACUGUAAUCACAUUAAAUUAGUUUAACAUACUCCAUAAUUACUUACAUCCUGAUCUUGUAAACUGAAUUCAUUUUUUCAUCAUUACUUGCUCUGCAACCACAACUCUGCAUGAGCUGUUGUUGUUGCUGCUGUCCCCUGUCUCUCUCUCCCCCUCACCCUCAUUCUCUCUCUCCUUCCUACUCCCCUGUUCUCUUUCUCUCUCCCCUGUCCUCCCUCCCACUUCCUCUCUCCCCCUCUCUCCCUACCUUAUCAAUGUCUAUUUCUCCUCAACUUCAGCAGCGGUAGGUAGCUGUCCAACAUGAGUCUGGUCCUCUCCAAGGUUUCUGCCUGUUAAAAGGAAGUUUUUUCUCGCUACUGUCACUCAUGUUAGAUGAGAUGGGUCAAAUCUGUCCCAUCUUAAACUUGAGUCUUGGUAAUUCAUCAAACACUGAGCGUGGUCUAGACCUGCCCCUUUAUUGGAAAACAUCCUAGGAUAACAACUGUUGUGAUUGGGCGCUAUAUAAAUAAAAUUUGAUUGAUUGAUUGAUUGAUCAUGUGUCUUGUGAUCUUUUUUACUCAGCCCACUUAGGUCAAUGAUCUGAUCGUAUGUUGUUGCAGCGCUAUAAACUUUGGAUCGGCCCGUAUCGAUCCUCCUCGUCUUAAGGUCGGUAGCUAAUUAGCCCCCAUUCAUUAGGACUGUUCAAAUCGCUCACUGUUGUAUUUUCCAGAUACAUCCUCUGCUCAUUGCACCUGUGUUGGGCGAAGUGCUUCAUGUAGUUCACUCCCAUUCAGAGCUGUGGAGAUGAAAAAAUUGUUAUUGUACAUAAUUCCAGUGUUUUCCAGUAUCUGUCUGUCACUCCAAAGAAGAUGUUUAGUAAGGAGUAAAUCUAAGUUUGUGUUAUUCAAGGUUAGAGAGCUUUUCAGACUCUUGUUUGUUUGCAGUGCUUCUUGUCUGUGUGUGUCUGCUGACAUGAUAAACAUAAAAUUAACUUUGUUGUGGUGAAAUUUAGCCGACACUGUUACUCAUCCUCAUCAACAACGUGACCUCUUAACCAACAAACCUGCUUUAGAAAUCAUUACAACUCCAAUCAAAGAGAAAAAUCACAAUGAAUGAAAAAAGAAGGGCAAAAAAUUCAAGAGGAGGAAUACAGGUGUAAGAAUUGAUGUAAGGACGUUUAUGAAAUAUGAACUCAAUAAAGAAAUCUCUAUUCUAACAGCUGUCUCAGUUUAGUUCUUACUAAUAAUCAAAUAGAUAAUAAUGAUGUUAUUGGAUGGAUCUGAAUAUUGAUCUUAAUGCACUCAGUUGUGGAUGAAGGUUAAUAUGUCAAUAAUGAGGACCCUUGUGCUGCAGACCAAAACCCUUUGAGCUGGGUGUAUGACAUGGAGUGAGGAGAUCAGAAAUGUACUUUGGUGUCAGACCAGAGCGGGCUUUAAGAGUUUACAAUAAAAUCUUAAAAAUCAAUUCUCAGACGUGAACAAAGAGUUGCAGUGGUCCAAAUGGGAAGAGACAGCCGCAUGGGUGAUAAUCUCCAGAUUUUUUCUGGAUCAAAACUAUCAAACUAUUCUGCCCUCAGUAGGAGUGGGCUCUAGCUUGGCAGGUAGCUAACAGGUCCCUCGAAUAAACAUGCAGGAGUUAGCAGGUACGAUGUGACGUUUUAGUGUUUACUUCCAGAAGCUGUAAAACUGUAACACAAUAAAUACAAAAUCACAAAUUAUUCUCAACUCUUUCAUACAAUCAAACACUAGUCAUUAACUGUCAUACACAACACAAUCACCAACAAACGUGUUGGAGUUAUCAUGAACAGUCACUACCGCGAUCUUGCGAUUAGCUUAAUGCUAACGAUAUAAGGAAAACGCCAUAGAACGGCUAACGCGUUAGCAUCGCCCCGGUUUUUAAGUUUCCCACGCCAUCAAAAACCGAUUCAGCGUACAAUCACAGGUACAGUCAACAAGACGAGGUAAGCGUUACUUACAGACGUAUGUCCCUUACAGGUAGACCGUGAAAAAAGAGGGAAAUAAGAAAACACACAUUCUCAAGACGUCUCUCCGCGGAACUGAACUACGGCAAGUCUGAACGGACAAAAAACACCACAGCCGAUUUCUCUGACUCCCAAGGGGGCAGCACACUCCCCGCCUGGUAUAAUGUGCUUUACCACUAUAUACCUUUGAGCGGCAGAUCUACAUCUGAUACAGGUCUUGAAUACACCUGAGGAGAGCCACCUUUGACGACUCUCACUUCCACCUUGCGGACCCUGUUGUCUGGACCAGGGAAUAUAUUCACCACCAGUCCUGUCGGCCAUUCAUUUCGUUUGGCCUGGCCAUCCUUCAAAAGCACAUCACCAAUCUGCAGACUAGGUUGAUCUGUUUGCCAUUGACUCCUGUAGAGGUCCUUAAGAUCAAGAUCUCCCGAAGGAGCAGACACAGAGUCAACCUUUUGUGUCAGGAGCAUAGCGGGAGUGAGUACGGUAGGCAUAUCUGGAUUGGACUCUGACUGAAAUGGUGUAGCUCCAUUGUCUUUUUUGAGCAAGGAGGGUCCCGAAAACCAGAUGGUUUCUCCCAAAAGUGUAGCUGGUACUGGUCGCGUACAGUGGUCCGCAGGAUUGUGGUCUGUACUGACAAAGUGCCACUGCUCUGUGUGAUGACUUGUGGAUACGUGCAACUCUAUUAGCAACAUACACAUAGAAUUGGAGGUUGGUAUGUAGAUAUAGAUGAGCACAACCCUGGAGUCGGUGAAGAACCUUACGGCAUGGAUCUUGACAUCUAGUUCAUCCAUCAACAUGUCAGCUAGCUCAACUGCAAGCACGGCUGCACAAAGCUCUAGACUGGGCACAGUAUGGGAGUGACAUGGGGCUAAUUUUGAUUUCCCCAUGCAGAAUCCUACGUGACUGUGUCCUUUGUCGUCGACUGCCCUGAGGUAGGCUACUGCAGAGAUUGCCACGGUGGACGCGUCGGAGAAGACACGCAGUUCCCUGUGCUGUGUUGGGGCAUCCCAUUCACAAUGUUCAGUACAUAGCUCUCUGACUAGUGCCUUGCCCUGUACUAUUAUCGGAGCCACAAACCUGAAUGGAUCAAAUAUGCUGUUGACCGUAGACAUGAUACCCCUACGGGUAAAUGGCUUCUCCUCUCUAGAGACAGGGAAGGUAAAGCUGUCAGUUUGAAGCUGCCAGUUGAGACCUAAGCUUCGUUGUAGGAGCAGAGGAUCCACUCCUAGCUCUAGGUCUUUCAGUUCCUUGGCCCGGUCCUCGGAUGGGAAACCUUCCAUCACUGUAUCAUGAUUGGAGGCUAACUUGUGCAGUCAGAUAUUUGAGUCGGCCAACAUUUCCUUUGUCUUUUACAGGACUUGGACAGCACUGUCAUUGGUGGGGAACGAACUGUCUUGACUCCAUACCAUAUUCAUCUUGACCUUGCCGAGCAGCUCUUCUCAGCUGUGUUUUUUACAGUCUGCAAUACACACACACUCUCUUUCUUUAAACAUCCUUCAGACCAUACAUUAACACACAGUCCUGAUACUCACUGCAGGAAACCCCACUGACUGUAUCAGUGUGAGGGACUACAGGCGUAUAUAACAGACUUCAAAAUGCACUUUGAAUGUAACUCUGCUUUACAAAAACAUUUGAGGGUUUUAUUCUCUAUAUCAUCCUGUAACUCACUUGUGUUUUUUUCUCAAUGACUUAUUUUCAUUGGCUGUUCAUUUGGUUCUUUAGUUUUAAUGUAAUGUGUUGGGCAGCAUAACACCGUGUGUCACAUGAUAAAGGUGGCGCUGCAGAAACCUCUGAGAGUCAGAUCUGUUAUAUGUUUAGGAGCAGAAGGUGAUUCAUGAGUUUAACUGUCUUCUGCAGGUGUGUCAUCUCUCUGAAAAAUAGGGAAAGUGAGUUUUUCUUCACUUGUCCAGUCUCAGGUGUUUUUGUCCACUAGGUGUCACUGUUUCACUCGUGACUAUAUUUCUCUCUGUGUUAUUUCUUAUAGUCAAUGAUAGUCAGGGAGUCUAAAGAUCACCAUAAGACCUUUCUAAUCCCUCUGAGAAGGUUUUAUUGUGUCUGUCAAUGUUUGACUGCAGGUGUUCAGGUGGUUUCAGAGUUCAAAGUUCAGAGCUGCUCUGUGUCACAUUUCCUUCCAGAAAACUUCAGUGUGAAGAUGAACUCAGAGAGUCUGGACUGGAUGUGAAUGGUGGGACCUUUGAAAACCUCCUGCUGUCUCUUCUAUCUUCUUCUCUCUCUGCUUGGUUUCCUGUUUGAAGCUGCUGAUUGGUUUCACCGUCACUCGUGGUCUUCAUGCAGAUCCUUUUCCCCAUCAGAAGGUAACCUAACACACUCUUUUCAUCAUGUUUGAGUGAGUGUCUGUUAAACUGAUCUGAGGACAGCACACAUGAAGCUGCUGCAGAUCUGACCUGUUGUUUGGUGGAACAGAGCGAACACAGAGGAAAGGAGAAAAUCUCUGUUUAAAGUCUGAUCUUCUGACUCCUUGAUUUACAGAUGUACAUGUAGGAGCAGAAAUAAGUCAAUAGUAUGAACCCCAGACUUCUACCAACAAACCGUCACAGAGAUCAGACUGAAUUCAGAAGUUCUGGUGUAUUUUGUCACAGUCUGUGUGUUUGCUCAGUGAAGGCAAAAAGACCAGGAAAAGGUUUUAGUGUUUGUAAAAAAGUCUUUGUGUGCUGAGCACUUUUAUGAUUUGAUAAGUUUAUGACAGUAAUAAAAGUCAGUCAUUGGCGCUUGAAGCUGCACAGUCAACAACCAGUGUGAUGAACUUCAGUCAGUGUCCACUCUACAGCAGCAACAGUUUGAACUCCUUCACAGGAGCAACGUUUAGUGAGGAGCUGCUCAGAAAGAAGGUGGAAAAUAAGCUCAGAGGAAAGGCUCUCUGGGGUCCUUAUGCUGAUAAUGUGCAUGAAUGAUAAUGAUAAUGACAACAACAACAACAACAACAACAACAACAAUAAUAAUAAUAAAGUUAAAAAAUUUCAAUCAAUAAAGGAAUAUUCUAUUCUAUUCUAUUCUAAUAAUAAUAAUAAUAAUAAUAAAAAUAAAAAUAAUAGCAUGAAAUAUUUCCUUUUAAUUUAGAAUAUCCAGUUUUAUAGGCACACAAACAGAUCUGCAGUAACACCAUCUAACAUAACACCAUGAACAUAAAUGAUAUCUGACAUGAUAGAAAAUAUGAAAUAAAUCACUGUUAUUGAUCAGACAAUACUCUGUUUCUGGAGUAUUUAUUACAGCAUGUCCAGAUUAUUUCUCUGCUCGUGUUUUACUCGCUCUCUUGUUUUCUCUGAUUUAGUCUCUUUGAUUGGAGUUGUUGUUAAUGAGUAACAUCAAGGUUCAAUUCAUUCAACAAUCAAAUAACUCUUCAUCUUUACAAUACUGAUCAAACUGAUGAGACGGUCAAACUCCAGACCAGAUAACACCAGAUAUGAAACGCUCAUAUCAGUAAAAACAUGAUUUAUGAAAUACAAUCAGACCAUGAAGAGAUGCUAGGACAUGAAUAUACAGAUUAUUUCUAUCAAACAUGCUCCAGUUUUUCUUUUUCAUACACCACUUAAAUUACAGCAGCACAUCAGCAAACUCAAUCCAACACUGAACUUUGAGGUUUCGGUUCAAGUUUCAGAAAAACUCUGAUGUUUCAAACAAAUGCUCCGAUUUCAACAAAGAUUUCAACUUAGUUUGCUGCUUUUAAAAUGACCAUCAUCCAUCAGCUGAGCUCUGAUUGGCAGCUUACAUAAACCUAUUCCCUGUCUUUGAAAGGUUUCUGAUCCUAAACAUGAUCAGAGUAUUGACCUUUUCCUUUAAACCUGAUCGAUCAACAACAGCAGAUGAACAUGAUGUCUGUCUUUUCUGAGAGCUUUUCUUUGCUGUCUGAUCUCCUCUGGAAUAAAAAGGAGAAAACUGCUCAGGGACAAAGCUGAAAACUACUUUGACCUGCUCUCAAAAAACCCGAUAAACAAAUAUAUAUAACUGAUAUAUUUAUGAAUAUGAUCAGUAAAUCAUUGAUAGAGCAGGAUCCAUCUCUGGGUGUGAGAAGUGAUCAGUUUUAAUUGUCCAAUAAAAUAAUACAGAGGCCAAAGUUCACUCCGAGUUUGAUUUAGUGUCAUAAAUGUGACAGAAAGUCCAAGUUUGAAGGAGCGACGUUGAUUUCAGAGUGAAUUAAAUUUGUUGUCCUUCAUUUCAAAGGUGAAAUGUCAUUUUUCUGAGUCUGUUUCAUCGAUUUGGGGUUGAGUCAAAGUUGAAUUGGACUCCUUAUCAGAAGAUCUCUCAUGGUUGGUUGUUUCUGGAGCAGACAGAAGGAGAACUUGAAUGUUUCCACAUGUACGCAGGUUUAACUCUCAGAUAUCACAUCAGAUAUUAUCCUGGAUCACUCUGAGGUUUCUCUGUCUCGUCCUGACAGCAGGUCUCUCUCUCAGGGUCCUGCUGUGUGACUGGAGCUGGACUCUGGUUCCUGAGUGUUUGUCACUGAUUUCAUGUCUGUUCAUGUUUGUAGACUUUGACUGUUCAGUGAUGAGAGUGUGACAGCGUCCUCAGAUUAUUGAUGAUGAUGAACUGAUGAAGGACGAUCAGCUGCAGUCUCUCUCUUUGUCUUUCUGCUACAGGUGAAACAGGAAGUGGAUCUGGAUUCACCUGGUGAGUAUUUUCUUCAUUCUGUCAAACAUCAAACUGAAAGUUUUCACGUCUUCUUCAUUUUGAACAGAACUGGACUCUGAAUGGAUCCAGAUGAGCUCUCUAGUAAACAGAAACAACUGUGGCUCCAUCUGGUGGUAGAAUCUGGAAUGACACUGUGGUGGAGGACAGUAUGUGGCUCAGGUUGAACUGACUGAGUAUGUUGUUGUGUUUGUGUGAAGGUGGGGGCUCUGCUAUGAAUCAGUGUGAGGACAGAGAGGAGGGGGCCCCUCCCUCUAAAACCACUCUGUGGGGGGAACAUGAGAGCCAGACCAAAGUUCAGAGGUGAGAUGAGGAUCUCCAACUGUCCAUGACUCUUCUCCAUGUCAGAGCUCAGCACUCACAUCACUCCACCAUCACUAUUAUUCACACUCAGACCUCUGUCUGUCUGUCUGUCUGUCUGUCUGUCUGUCUGUCUGUCUGUCUGUCUGUCUAAGACCUGAACAGCAGUACAGACCAGACUCUCCUGGACCAGGACCUGGACCCAGCUGUGUGUCCUUUAAGAGUGACCGGUCUAUGUAUGAACCUAUUCUUUUCAAAGGAGAGAUUUGUGAUGAGCAAAGGUGAGACUUUCAUAAUCUAUAACAGCAGCACUCAAACCUUGAAGAUUUUCAGAGUUCUUGUUUCUUCAUCAGUGUUUCUGUUUCUGUCAGAGUCAAACAUGAGAGACCAGACUCUCCUGGACCAGGACCUGGACCUAGCUGUGUGUCCUUCAAGAGUGACCGGUCUAAGGGUCGAUUUAUUGAUUUCAAAGAUGGAGAGAUCUAUGAUGAGCAAAGGUGAGACUUUCAAACUGGACUUUCUUUUGUUUGUGAAACUUUUCAUCCUAACUGUGGUCAGUGUUUUCUCUGUGAAGGUGAAGAUUUUUCAGGGUUUGUGUUUCUAUCAGGAUCCAACAGCAGUAAACAGGAUCUGAGCCACAAAGACCUGGACUCUGCAUGUAUCUUCAUGUGUGUCUGUAGGAGGAUCCAGCAGUGUUUCUACCAGGAUCCUCUAGAUAGACUCUCUCACAUGUAACCCUGUGUCUCCUUAUAUUAUAUCCACUACAUUAGAUUCUGUUUGUUCCACAGAGUUCAGCAGCAGAGAUCAGAGGUUCCCAUUGGUCAGUCUGCCCAGCAGCAUCAAACACAGCUGGACUCCAUAUUUAUGGUAGGUGUAAAUGUACAAACACAGCUCCUACUGAUCAUCAGAGCAGACACUCAGUAUAUUUGGAGGUUUCUGGAUUGUUUCCUAAUGACUCUGCAAACAUCAUCUCUGCCUGAAUUAUCUUCACACUCACAGUUUCACUGAGGUUUCUCCAGUAUGAAGGUCAGGUCAUAGAAACUGGAUUUGUAGAAGACAGGACCAUCUACAAAGUCAAUCCUGAAGCAGCAUUGUGAUCUAGUCUCCAUGCUGGACUCUGUAGACCAGCAGGCUUUCUGUCUGUCACAGAUGAUCUGAUGUUCAGUUCUACAAGUUCAAGUUCAUAUUUUGUUCUGUUCCAGCUGCUCCAGGAGAACAUGAUCAGCUUUGUAAAGGAGCAGCUGAAGGAGAUCCAGAGAGUUCUGAGUCCAGAUGAACCAGAAUACUUAGAGAGUCCGAGGGAGGAUGAGGAUGAAGAGCAGAGGAGGAGCAGAGAGGCAUUUCUGAAGAUCACUGUGAACUUCCUGAGGAGAAUGAAGCAGGAGGAGCUGGCUGACUGUCUGCAGAGAAGUAAGAGGAUUUGAAGAGAUUUAACAUGAUGGAGACAACAUGGGAGAGGUUUAGAGUUCAGACUCUGCUGUUCAUAUGAUGCACACAUUUGUAUCACAUCUAUGAACUGAGAGAAACUGAUCACAGCUGAUGAGCUGAAGAGAUUUCAGAGAGGAGGGAAAUCAAAUCCAUCCUGAUGUCUUCAAGUGUAAAUUCAUCAGACUGAUUGUAGCUUCAGAUGAUUCAUCACAUUUCUUUUUGUUCAUUCAGGAUCUGCUGCUGCAGAGGUCCGACACAAACUCAAGUCCAACCUGAAGGAGAAGUUCCAGUGUGUGUUUGAGGGGAUCGCUAAAGCAGGAAACCCAACCCUUCUGAACCAGAUCUACACAGACCUCUACAUCACAGAGGGAGGGACUGGAGAGGUCAACCAUGAACAUGAGGUCAGACAGAUUGAAACAGCAUCCAGGAGAGCAGAGCGACCAGAAACAACCAUCAGACAAGAAGACAUCUUUAAAGGCUCACCUGGAAGACAGGAACCAAUCAGAACAGUGAUGACAAAGGGAGUGGCUGGCAUUGGGAAAACCGUCUUAACACAGAAGUGGACUCUGGACUGGGCUGAAGACAAAGACAACCAGGACAUCCACUUCACAUUUCCAUUCACCUUCAGAGAGCUGAAUGUGCUGAAAGAGAAGAAGUUCAGCUUGGUGGGACUUGUUCAUCACUUCUUCACUCAAACCAAAGAAGCAGGAAUCUGCAGCUUUCAAGACUUCAGGGUCGUGUUCAUCUUUGACGGUCUGGAUGAGUGUCGACUUCCUCUGGACUUCCACAACAAUCAGGUCCUGACUGAUGUUACAGAGUCCAGCUCAGUGGAUGUGCUGCUGACAAACCUCAUCAGGGGGAACCUGCUUCCCUCUGCUCGCCUCUGGAUAACCACAAGACCUGCAGCAGCCAAUCAGAUCCCUCCUGAGUGUGUUGACAUGGUGACAGAGGUCAGAGGGUUCACUGACCCUCAGAAGGAGGAGUACUUCAGGAAGAGAUUCAGAGAUGAGGAGCAGGCCAACAGAAUCAUCUCCCACAUCAAGAAAUCCAGAAGUCUCCACAUCAUGUGCCACAUCCCGGUCUUCUGCUGGAUCACUGCUACAGUUCUGGAGGAUCUGCUGAAGACCAGAGAGGGGGGAGAGCUGCCCAAGACCCUGACUGAGAUGUACAUCCACUUCCUGGUGGUUCAGUCCAAACUGAAGAACAUCAAGUAUGAUGGAGGAGCUCAGACUGAUCUACACUGGAGUCCAGAGAGCAGGAAGAUGAUUGAGUCUCUGGGAAAACUGGCUUUUGAGCAGCUGCAGAGAGGAAACCUGAUCUUCUAUGAAUCAGACCUGACUCAGUGUGGCAUGGAUAUCAGAGCAGCCUCAGUGUACUCAGGAGUGUUCACACAGAUCUUCAGAGAGGAGAGCGGACUGUACCAGGACAAGGUGUUCUGCUUCAUCCAUCUGAGUGUUCAGGAGUUUCUGGCUGCUCUUCAUGUCCACCUGACCUUUACUAACUCUAGAGUCAACCUGAUGGAAGAAGACAAACGACCAACAUCCUCAAUCUCUAAAAUCUUCAGUGUCAAACCAAAACUGAAACAUCUCCAUCAGAGUGCUGUAGACCAGGCCUUACAGAGUCUGAACGGACACCUGGAUUUAUUUCUACGUUUCCUCCUGGGUCUUUCCCUGCAAACCAAUCAGAAUCUCCUGAGAGGUCUGCUGACACACACAGGAAGUAGCUCACAGACCAAUCAGAAAACAGUCCUUUACAUCAAGAAGAAGAUCAGUGAGGAUCUGUCUGCAGAGAAAAGCAUCAAUCUGUUCCACUGUCUGAAUGAACUGAAUGAUCGUUCUCUAGUGGAGGAGAUCCAACAGUCCCUGAGAUCAGGACGUCUCUCCACAAAGAAACUGUCUCCUGCUCAGUGGUCAGCUCUGGUCUUCAUCUUACUGUCAUCAGAAAAAGAUCUGGACGUGUUUGACCUGAAGAAAUACUCUGCUUCAGAGGAGGGUCUUCUGAGGCUGCUGCCAGUGGUCAAAGCCUCCAACAAAGCUCUGUAGGUGGACACAUGAGAGAUGAAACAUUAUUGUUCAUGAGAGAUGAAACUUUGUGUCUGUGCUAAUCACUGAUUCUUCUUCAGGCUGAGUGGAUGUAACCUGUCAGAGAGAAGCUGUGAAGCUCUGUCCUCAGUCCUCAGCUCCCAGUCCUCCAGUCUGAGAGAGCUGGACCUGAGUAACAAUGACCUGCAGGAUUCAGGAGUGAAGCUGCUGUCUGCUGGACUGAAGAGUCCUCACUGUAACCUGGAAACUCUCAGGUCAGGUUUUCUGCUGAUUAUGUUUUGUUGUUGUUUGAAUGAAAUUGUCUAAAGUUGGUACUUUUCCUUGUUUCAUAUAUUUUUUUGACUCCAGGUUAUCAGGCUGUCUGAUCACAGAAGAAGGUUGUGCUUCUCUGGCCUCAGCUCUGAGCUCCAACCCCUCACACCUGAGAGAGCUGGACCUGAGCUACAAUCAUCCAGGAGACUCAGGAGUAAAACUGCUGUCUGCUGGACUGAAGGAUCCUCUAUGGAGACUGGAAACACUGAGGUAUAACCAGACAGUUACUGAGUCAUAGACAACUACAGAUAUAUUUGGUUUCUGCUGCCUGAGGUCUUCACUUAGCAGGUCAUCAUUGUGGACCAUCUUUCUGAUGGACUCUUGGAUGUGAACUGUUUCAUCCUGGAUAGUAGCUCUGAUGAUGCUCACUAGUUCUCAGCCUUCCUCCUUCCUCUUAGUGUAGAUCCUCAGGGUUCUGGAUUUAGGGUGAAAACCUCCAUUUGAGUAUUUUGAGGAGCUUUCUUGUCUUGAUGUCAGUGGUCUCUAUUUCUUCCUUUGGCCAGGCUGUGAUGCCAGCAGGGUAUCUGAUCACUGUCAGAGCGUAGGUGUUGAUGGUUUGGAUCUUGUUCCUGCUGACAUACAGCUUGAUGUCAUCCAUGUAGAGGAGAACAUUAAUCAAAAAAACCCUCAAACAGUCAACAUGAGAAAUGACUUUGACUCAGACUGAAGUGUGUCUGUCAUUCUGUCUCCUCCUCCACACAAUAACAGCAGCUAUUUGUCUGCAACACUGGGAACCUGGAUGAGUAUCUUCUCUGAAUGGCCCAGCUCUAAAAUGUGUUGCUGAACUGUAGGUUUGUCUUCCAGUCUGAAUCCUCCUCUGUUCAACAGUUUUUUAGUUUUCUUCUGAGAGCUGUCACAUUGUUCUGAACUGCAGGAACUCGUCCCUCUGCUUCUGGUCUCAAAGGAGGACAUGGUGGUUGAUAUUUGGAAGGACAGGAAUGGCAAAUCUUUAGAAUAUGAAGAACCAUUUUUAUCUGCUCUUUAUGGAGGACCACAGGGGUCGCAGAAAUGGAAAUAAAGCAUUUUUAAUUUAAAAAGUUAUUGUAUUAUUAAAACAUAAAUUCAUAAACAGGUUUCCAGAUUCAUGAGUUCAUCCUUGAAAAAAUAGAGGAAUUAUAAAAAAGAUUCUGCAAAUGAAUCUUUAAAAAUGAAGAACAGUUUAUGAUUUUAAAAUACAUAAAUGAAUUCCUUUAUCAAUAGUUGAAAAAUCUGUUUGAAAAUGCAAAGGAGAGAAAUAAAGAAGUGAGUUGACAAUCUGAGGUAAGAAUACAGCUUUAAAUCAGACAUUUAAAGGACAAUUCCUCUUUACAUUUUCAUUUCCAUUUCCUAACUGCUUUUCCUUUUCCUGUAAAAUAAUCGAUUAUCAAAGUCUUUUAUCUUUCCGUUCCUCCUCUCCAUUUUUCCUUCUCUCACACUUUGGGCCUUGAGCUGGUAAAACCAUGCAUGCAGAUGAGGCAUGAAACAAGCUCUCUGAUUGGUUAUAACCUGGUCUAUUACAUGCAGAUGUCUGCAGGGAGGUGAAGAUGAUAGAAGAUGAGGAAGAAUAGACCUUAUCCAGUGUUCCAGGCUGAAAGAGGUCCAAACCUGGAUAUUGUGACUCUGUGGUCAUUUCUCAGCUCCCUGAUUGAUGAACAGACACACAGACUAAAAACAGAGAUGAUCAGGAGAGAGAUGGGCUCAUAUUUGAAGUUCAAACACAUUUGACAGUCCUUUAGCCCACGUCAGAACUCAGAGAAGAUGCUUUAUUACACCUGAUGUUACAAGAUGAAGGUUCACAUCUAGUUGAAUGAUCAGAGCAGAACAACAUUCAGAUCUCCUCCAGAUCCUUUAUUUCAUUCAUCCAUACAGACCAGGAUCAACUCUCCUGGCUGACAUGGGAAGGUCUUCUCUUCUUGAUUUUCUGCUCUCUUUGUUUGGUGAGCCAUCAAACAAACCCUCAGAGCUACAGAGAAACACCUCCUUCAUACAUCCACCCUCAGUCAGAAACAUGGACUCAAAGUACUGGCUGCAGAAGUGGGUUCAGAGGAGAUCAGAUAGUCUAGACAUGCUCUGACUUUGCUCCACUUCCUGUCCAUCCCAAACUGCAGGAAAUCCACCUGCUGUUCCAGGUGUGAUGCUCCUACUCCCUCUGCUCUAGCUGACUCUGAAUGAUCCAAGAAGAGCCUCACACACUCACAUGAGUUCAUCUGAGAGCUUUCAUUUCAUCUUCAUUCAUAUUUAGAAGAAGAGAGCCCACUACUUCAUCUCUCUAUCUUCAUCUCUCUAUCAGAAAAAGUGACAGAGUGAUGGAGACUGUUGGCUCAGAUGAGUUUCAGCCUGUUUCUCUGUCACAGGGACAAACUGAGGAACUCUGCUUCAUGUUGGACAGCAGGUAGGACUCAUGUUGGACACUCAAUCAUUCUGACUGUGUUUCUUCCUCCAGGGUGGACCAUGGUGGAGAGCAGAGGUUAAAACCUGGUGUGAAGAAGUGUAAGUGUUGAAUCAGUUUGACUCCUGAUGACCAAACAGCAGACUGUCAGCUAACAAAGAAGAAAGCCUUCAGGUGUGUCUGAUGAUAACCUGCUGCUGUGUUGUGUCUUUUUCUCUCUGUCAGAUUCCUGUGAACUCACACUGGACUCAAACACAGUAAACAGAUUCCUCAGACUGUCUGAAAACAACAGGAAGGUGACACGUGUGUUAGAGGAUCAGUCAUAUCCUGAUCAUCCAGACAGAUUUGACUACUGGCCUCAGCUUCUGUGUAGAGAUGGUCUGACUGGUCGCUGUUACUGGGAGGUCGAGUGGAGAGGAGAGGUUGAUAUAUCAGUGAGUUACAGAGGAAUCAGGAGGAAAGGAAACAGUGAUGACUGUUCGGAUGUAAUGAUCAGUCCUGGAGUCUGUUCUGCUCUGAUCGAGGUUACUCUGUCAGUCACAAUAAUACAGAAACAGCUCUCCCCCCGUCCUCUGUCUCUGACAGAGUAGCAGUGUAUGUGGACUGUCCUGCUGGUACUCUGUCCUUCUACAGAGUCUCCUCUGACACACUGAUCCACCUCCACACCUUCAACACCACCUUCACUAAACCUCUCUAUCCUGGGUUUAGGUUCGGGUCUCUUGGUUCCUCAGUGAGUUUGUGUUCUGUGUCGGAGGGAGAGUCUCCUCCUCUCUACACAAACAGCAGCUGAAGAACAGUUGACCCUCUGCACUAACACAGACUUCAGCUGAUUAUCUGACUGUUUGUAUCCUGUCACAUCAGUCUGAAUGUCUGUUAUCAAAGAGCAGGACUCCAUGUCAAACUGACUCACUGAACUGGACUGAUUUCUGUCUCUAUGGGGGAAAAAUCCGCCUCAUUCAGCACAUUUUUCUUCACUGUAUUGAUCAGAAAGUUUGUCUGAACAGUCGGAGUCAGACUCAUGAAACUCUUCUUCACCUGCUCAGGUGUUCACACCUAGGCCUGUCGCGAUAAUCAAUAAAUCGCCUUAUCGCUCGGUAAAUAAAAACGAGGUCGGUCAUUUUGCCAGCCUCGAUAAUUGACGUGCGUUUGUUUUCUUCCUCUCUCGCUACUAAACACGCUGGAUGAGAGAAGAGGUCUCACUCUGCCCAUUUUUCUCGGCACCUGGGGGCGUUGGCUCUAUAGCGGAAUGAACGGAGUUAGUGAACCCUCCUGUCAGUCAUUCAGUGUCUUUGUCACGAGGGGGGCUGGCGCGCACAGGCACACAGACACAGACUUUUGGAUACAGUGCUGCAAGUGAGCGUCGUGAGUGAAAAGCAAGCUAACAGAAUGAACACGACAGCUUUGGUGUCUAAACCGAACGCAACAGCCCAAGUGUGGGAAUAUUUCGGCUUUAAACCACUUUUGUUUCCGUCAACCACAAAACUCCACGUGUGUGCGCACGCGCGCGCGUGUGUGUCUGUGUGUUGGAGGAGCACAGCAGGCUGAUGAGAGCUGUCAGAGCGGACUGAAGCUGCUCCUGUAUGUUUAGCGUUUAACUGACUGACUUUUGCAACUCUGUUCAUCAUUUUCGUCUCGUCCCAUCAACGUAAACGCACUUUCGUCUCGUCACAUUUUAGUCAUCUCCGACUUAUGUUUAGCUCGUCAACGUUACGUCUUCGUCGUGGGUGAAAUGAAAGUUUAUCACUUUUGACACGGUGUACUCGCAUUAUUAUGCCAUUUAAUAUCAUUAUCUAUAAUUUUAAAAACGGUGUCAAUAAUAUCGUGUAUCGGCGAUAAUUUGUAGCACAAUUAUCGUCCAGCAAAAUUUGUUAUCGUGACAGGCCUAUUCACACCUGUGUUUAAACUGAUGAAUGCCAUAUCCCCAUGAGACUGCAGGCUGGUUUGCACACACACACACACACACACACACACAAAUCAGAGUCAAGCUGAAUGGAGGACUAGAAAGAAGUGAAGACAGAAAACAUGAAAAUCUGGAGCUGGAGUUUCAAAAAACUCAAUGUUUUGAGAAAAACAAGCAAAGAAAACAACAAAACAAAACAAAACAUAACAAAAAAAAAAAAAAAAACAGGAAGGUACUUCACAAAAAAAGAAUUGGCUUUUUAUGGCAAGUCAAGGUCGCCCCGGAGUGGCAAGACAGACGGUGAAACAACGAGAGGCUGUCUGGCGUUCAACUAAAUAAAGUAUGGGAGACAAUGAAUAUCCACCUGCCUGGGCCAAAGAUCACUGGCACAGCUUACGUUGAUGAAAGACUCAUUCCAACAGAAGUUUGACGAAUUGAGUAACUCAAUGAAAGAGAUAAAAAAAAUAUCUCCGGGCCAGUGUGAACAGAGUGGGGAACGCAGAAAAAUGCAUCAGGUAUUAGGAGGACAAACUAGCCAGUCAGCAGCAAGUCAUACAAGACAGUGCAAAGGAGAUAAAAAAUCUAACAGCCAAAGUGUCUUACCUGAAGUCACACAGCUGGAGGAACAACCUUAUCAUUGUGGGCCUGCAGGAAGGCAUGAGAGACUGGUGAUCUCUCUAAAGAUCCAGAACAGGAGUUGGCAGUGAUAUUUUGCUACAUUCUGGACCGGCUCAGUACUGGGCCACCCCCUAUGUGUUAUGUGUGUGUGUGUGUGUGUGUGUGAGUGAGUAUGUGUGUGUAAGAGUACAUGUAUAUAUGGUGUGCUUUUUUUUUGCUGUAUUGUUCAAAAAAAUAAAAAAUAAAAACAGUAAGUACAAAAAAAAGACAUCAUUACAACUUCAAACAAAGAGAAAAAUCACAAUGAAUGAAAAAAGAAGGACGAAAAAUUCAAGAGGAGGAAUACAGGUGUAAGAAUUGAUGUAAGGACGUUUAUGAAAUAUGAACUCAAUAAAGAAAUCUCUAUUCUAACAGCUGUCUCAGUUUAGUUCUUACUAAUAAUCAAAUAGAUAUUAAUGAUGUUAUUGGAUGGAUCUGAAUAUUGAUCUUAAUGCACUCAGUUGUGGAUGAAGGUUAAUAUGUCAAUAAUGAAGACCCUUGUGCUGCAGACAAAAACCCUUUGAGCUGGGUGUAUGACAUGGAGUGAGGAGAUCAGAAAUGUACUUUGGUUUACAAUAAAAUCUUAAAAAUCAAUUCUCAGAUGUAAACAAAGAGUUGCAGUGGUCCAAAUGGGAAGAGACAGCGGCUUGGGUGAUAAUCUCCAGAUUUUUUCUGGAUCAAAACUAUCAAACUAUUCUGCCCUCAGUAGGAGUGGGCUCUAGCUUGGCAGGUAAGUAACGGGUCCCUCGAAUAUACACGCAGGAGUUAGCAGGUACGAUGUGACGUUUUGGUUUUUACUUCCAGAAGCUGUAAAACUGUAACACAAUAAAUACAAAAUCACAAAUUAUUCUCAACUCUUUCACACAAUCAAACACUAGUCAUUAACUGUCAAACACAACACAAUCACCAACAAACGUGUGUUGAAGUUACCAUAAACAGUCACUACCGCGAUCAUGGAUUAGCUUAAUGCUAACGAUAUAUGGGAAACGCCAUAGAACGGCUAACGCGUUAGCAUCGCCCCGGUUUUUAAGUUUCCCACGCCAUCAAAAACCGAUUCAGCGUACAAUCACAGGUACAGUCAACAAGACGAGGUAAGCAUUACUUACAGACGUAUGUCCCUUACAGGUAGACUGUGAAAAAAGAGGGAGAAAAGAGAGCAUGGAAGACACACAUUCUCAAUAGACCUUUUUCACACGCUAACACCGGAAUUCUGCUCACUUCCGGUGUUCGCGUGUGGUGGAGCCACUUAGCAUCGCCCAUAGACGGCCAUUAAUUUUUCACGAUAUUAACAAGCUCACGACUCGUUUUUUUUUAAAGGUAAAGUAAAAUUUUAUGCUUUGUGCUGUUUUACUAACUCCUGUUCUUCAUAAUACUAUCCGGAUUUUGUACUUUACCUUUCGGGAAUUAUGUUUAAUAGGUCUGGAAAUGUGCGGUACAAAUCGAUGCUAAAGCCUGCUUCAGCUGUGCUCUGUUCUGCUGUAGAAGUUCAUAGCUUCUCAUAAACCAUACAGUGGCCAUGUCAGGGAGUCUUUUUUGUUUUUAAACUACAACUGUUGUCAUUUAUUUGUAAUAUGACAUGAUAGACGCAAGGAUAUUUAGGAGCAGACGGGAAACGAUUUCCAGAACUAUUAAAAAAAAAAUCCAAAAUCCAGACAGUAUUAUGAAGAACAGGAGUUAGUAAAAUAGCACAAAGCAUAAAAUUUUACUUUACCUUUCAAAAAAACGAGUCGUGAACUUGUUAAUAUCGUGAAAAAUGAAUGGCCAUCUAUGGACGAUGCUAAGUGGCUCCACCACACGCGAACACCAGAAGUGACCAGAAUGCUAACUUCCGCGUACUGUGAAAAAGGUAUAUAAGACGUCUCUACUCGGAACUGAACUACGGCAAGUCUGAACGGACAAAAAACACCACAGCCGAUUUCCCUGACUCCCAAGGGUGCAGCAUACAAACAGCUGCAUAAAUCAAGACUGCACAGUAACACUGACAUCGUCACCAAAUGAAAAUAAUGGCCUAAGUCCAUUUUUGACAAAAAUUUGUUUUUUAUCACACCCAAGAACUCAUUUUCGUCAAAAAUCAUCUUUCUCAAAAAUCAUUUUUCUCAAAAAUCAUGUCUAGAUUUUUCAUUUGGCUGUAACGUUUGGUGACAGAGAGUCCAGAUGAGUCCCCAUUCCUGCUGAGCCUGGACUAAUAAUCAUUAACUCAUUUUGAUACAAAUUUAGACGCAGGAAAUUCUGAGACAUCCAUCAUUUUAUGUCUCUGAUACAGUUCUUUAUUUUGUUGAAAUGGUUAAAAUCAUUGGGAAUAUAAGACAGGUACAGCUGGGUAUCAACAUAUGAGUGGAAACUUACAUGGAUGAUAUGACCCAGGGGUAACAAGAGGAGUGGUCCAAAGACCGACCCCUGGGGAACCCCACAGGUCUCACACUGAUGAUUGUGAGCUGCCUAUAGCCACACUAAAAGAUUUGUCCUGUAAAUAGAAAUAAAACCAGUUUAAAACUGAAGCAGACAUGCCGACCCAGUGUCACAGACGGUCCAUUAAAAUAAAAUGAUGGACAGUCUCACAGGCAGCACUCAAGCCUAAAAGAACUAAAACUGAAGAUUUUUCAGCAUCAACAGCAAUCAGCAAAACCACUGAAAACCUAAAGGAGUUAAGUCUCUGUGCUGUGCUUCACCCUAAAAUCAGACUGGAGUUCCUCAAAGAGCUCACUGUUAUUUAAAACAGAAAUCAUUUUUUUACAGUAGCCUUGGAUAGAAACAGAAGUUUUAAAUGGGUCUGAAAUUACGCAGAGAAUUUGGGUCUAUUGAGUGUUUUUCUUUCAGUGUUGGUUGACUUUUUUUGUUUUUUGUUUUAAAUCAGUAGGAAGAGUACCAGCUAUCAGCCAUGAGUUUAUCAUGGAGAGGAGAUAUGAAGUGAUUGGCUUUUAAACCUCUUUCAGAAAUCUCACAGGCAGGAUGUCAAGAGCACAAGGAGACAGUUUCAUCUGAUGAAUCACUUCAGUGAGGGUAAAUAUUGAAACAGGGUGAAAAGACUGAAAGACAUCUGUAGUUUGAGAAGAAACUGUUUGGUUUGGAGGUGGAGGAGGAGUGUCAUGUCUGUUAAGUUUCCUUUAUUUUGGCACAUUCAUGUUUCAUGUCUUGUUCUUCCUGUUUUAUUUUGAAAUCACUAACCCUUGUCCCUGUUUCCAAGACAGGAACACUUGGUUCAUAGUUAAGAGGCAAAAGCCAGCUUUGUUCCCUGGGGUCUGUUUUUAACUCUCACUGUGAACAUGUAGAAGGUAAACACUAGCAGAAUCUUCCAACAAGUGAGUUAAAAUAAAUUUACAUGAAGAUUUCUGGAUCUAAAAAAAGACACUCUGGAAGGCAUUGACACUUCUACAUCAACUUUAUUCACUUUCUCAAACAAUCAAAGUUGAAACUAAAACUGCAAUGAGCUUCACACUGAAACUCUAACCUGUCUCUGGUAGCAACAGGAUAUUUACACUUCAUCUCCAGAACACAGUCAGUCUGACAGGUGGAAAGGUUUGACUUUAAAUGAUGAAGAUCAGUUUGAUCAAGUCAGAACUUUUGUUUGAAGCAGGAGUUGGCACUGUUUAAACAUUAUUGCUUUAACGUUUGUGUACUUUGCGUGAUCUUUCCCUUUUAGAUAACCCUGAACAGUUCAGCUUGAUUAACUCAUAAGUGGUUUGACUCUUACCUCAGGGGCUUUAUGUUUUCCUUGUGCAUUUGACGUGUGCAUUUGUGCGAUUAAACUUUCAUCAGUCACACUUUCAGCCUCAGCUUUAGAUUCUGACAUGACGGCAGCAUCAUGCACAAAGUUACCAUUCUGCAUCUAAUUUUCGUAAGGAUCAGUCCAUAAAUAAUGGGGUUGAGAAUAGGAGGCAUCAUUAGAAACUGUAUAGCCAUGAAGUUCUUCACACUUUGUGGCACAGACGCUGAUCCAUACCUGGAGUACAUGACAUCAAAAAGUAACGCAGCUGUGACAUUCAACAAACACAGUAAAUGCGGCACACAUGUCUGAGUGAACUUUUUCCUGCCCUCUUUGGACUUCAGGGCUGAUUUUACCACCUGCAUAUAUGAACACACAAUGAACAGAACAUGACCACAGUAAAAGCUAACUAUUAUCAAUCCCACUAUGUUGUUUGCGCUCAUUGAACUACAAGCAAGUUUGACAACUGACCAGUUCUCACAGUAGAGUUUCUGUAUGAGAGAGCCACAUAAUUUUAGCCGACUUGUUAAAGUAACCACAACGACUUCAAGGAGCAUAGGAGUAAUCCAGGCCAGACUAAUGAGUCCUGCUGUCCUUCGUGAGGACAUGAUCACGUGGUACUCCAGAGGUCGACAUAUAGCCACAUACCUGUCAUAAGCCAUGAGAGCUAAAACAGAGAAAUCUAUUGUUGCAUACGAGUAUAUUACAUAAAUCUGCAAAAAGCACCCGACAUAUGAUAUCACAUGAGUAUCAGAGAGCAGAUCGAAAGCAAAUUUAGGAUAAAAGGCAGCAGUCCCAUAAAGACCAUUGAUGCACAGGUUACACACUAAAAUGUACAUGGGCUCAUGUAGGUUUUCAUCCAAAAUGAUGGUUAAAGAUAGAGAAACAUUUACCACCAGAAUUGCAAAAUAACACAAUAAAGUGAGAAGGAAAAGUAAAACUCUGUAGUUAGCGGUGGCACUGAAGCCCGACAGUGUAAACAGAACAAUGGUGGAAGCAUUAGAAGUCAUGCUAAAACUUGCAAAAGUCCUAACAGUGUUGAAAAGACAGAAGGCGAUGCAGUGAAACAGGUCCAAGUGUUCAUGGCAGGUCAGACAUGUGUCUCAUAUAUUCUGCCGUGUUUGCAGUGCGAUCAUUCCUUUGGGGAUUUAUAGCCAAGAAAAACUCCCUCUCCAUGACGUCAGUUCUAUCACAGGGAUGCAGAUUAGAGAAAGAUUCACAAAUGUCAUUUAUUUAGUGUACGAAAACAAAAAGCUCUUUAGUGAAACAAUCAAUAAAAAAGUAAUUUCCAUGAUAUUAAUGAAAUAUAAACCCUGACAUAGAACUUUUCACAUGCUUUGACUAUGUUUGCUUGCAGACCCCUGAAGCCAAACAUGAGCAGUACAUUUCUUAUUAAACCUGAAAACAGUUCAAUCAAAUAAGCUUUGUUGGCAUACAAACAGGUAAUAGAUACAACACAGUAAAUCUACAUGUGGUUGUAGCUGUAGUCAAGCUGCUCCUCUAACAGUCACUUCCCUUUUUUCACAUUUUGAUUUUAAGAGAUCAUGUCCAGAUAUAAUUUAAUGCAUUUUUGACCAGUAUAAACUUAUCAAGGCUUUGCAAGGUCUUCCUACACAUUUCACUGUUCCAGAUUUAUAUCAGGACGGUCUUUAAGCUCAGUGUGAGGACAUGAGUGCAUGUCUUACCAUAUGGUCUAUGUGUAACCCCAGUCCCAUGUAGCUAGGGGUGUGUAGUUUAGUGGGAUGGGGCCUGAGUUUGUCUGGCACUACCUGUGAUAAUGAUAUAAAAUAAUUUCAUAUUUUAUUGAUCCAAAAAGUAUCACUUUCAUAAAAACAACACAAAAUAUAAUUCAACCAGGAAGCAGUUUUUAUUAACAGGUUAUGAAUUAGAUUUUCAAAUUAGUUAACUUGUUCACUGUCGAGCUUUAAGUAUGCACUGAUAUCAGGAUUCAACACUCUCAUGUAAUACUCUGACAGUGAUGAUCCACAAAUGAUCCCUGAUGAACCUGAAAAGAAAAUGUAAAAUAAAUCGAAAUGACAAAAAUCUCUUGUUAAAUAUUAUGCCAGAAAGAAUAAAUGCAGUUCUAAAGGCAAAAGGGGGUCCAACCCGGUACUAGCAAGGUGUGUCUAAUAAAGUGGUCAGUAAGAGUUUGUCUGUGUACGUCACAGUCGGUCCCUACAUCUACAAGUCCAUGCAAAGACAAAGACAGACAUCAACAACAGUCAGAAACACCGUCGGCUUCUCUGGACCCGAGCUCAUCUGAGAUGGACUCACCCAAAAAGGAAAAGUCUGCUGUGGUCUGAAGAGUCCACGUUUCAAACAGUCUUUGGAAAUCGUGGACAUGGUUACUCCAUGAAAAGAUUCGUCAUAGAUUUUAAAAUAAUACUUGUAGCAUUGUGAUAAAAAGCACACCCACAACAAAAAUUCUUUAUUUUACUAAAACAUGAUCUUCACACGCUCUAUAUGAGUGAAUGUUUACAAAAAACAAUCGUGUUUAUCAGUUUGAACAUUAAAUAUCUUAGUGGUGGAUUCAGCUGAAUUUCGAUGGAAAAGGAUUCACAAACCAUUGUUUUUUGUUUUUGUUCAUGUUUGACCAAAUGUCCCAACCUCACUGGAAUAGCCGUAUGUUCUUGACUUACUCCUGCUUAAUGAUGAAGGAGUUGUCUGUUAGUCCCAGAGCAUCACAUCAACAAGGACUUGAUGUCUUGGGGAUACAGAUGUACAGUGGACUUCGCACCCAGAGGCCUAAUCUUCAUGUUUACUGUGUAUUUUUGUUUCUUAGGGACAUUGCAUCAGAAACAGGACUUAUGUCAGUACACUUUAACUUCUUCAUUAACAAUAUUAUCUCUUCUGUAUUAAUUACACAACAGAUUGCCUCAUCAGAAUUUUUUUUUCCUCAUCCUAAACUACAAUUCGUACCUUUUUAAUCUGGCUUUUAACUAAAUUUUACCUCAUUCAGGUAACUCUUUUUAUUAGUUUAUUUAUUUCAUAUUAUUUUGACAGUCUUUGUCAGAAGCCUAGAUGCACUGCAAAUGCAGAAACCACACAAUUCAAAAACAUAUGCAACAGUCCAAAACAAGCGCAAUGGCUUCAAGAUUUGGGAGAGCAUUCAGGCAAAGCAAGUGAACAAAUUUUAGAGAAGAAUAUUCCUUUAUUGAUGAAUAUUCUAUUCAUCAAUAAAUAUUCUAUUCUAAAAUUUGUUUACUUGACCUUUUUGACUCAAAAGGGUCUGAAUAACCUGAAAAUUCUACAGUAGUCUCGGUGGUCUCAUGUCUGUAUCAACCCUGUUGUAAUAAUAAUAAUAAUCAUAAUAAAAAUAAUAAUAAUAAUAAUAGACAAACAAAGUGCAGGUGUUGCUAAAUCCUGCCUGGAAAAGACAGACCCACAGAGACAUCUAGUGGCUCUUUUAAGGUACUGCUUUACAUUUGCCUGAAUUUAAGGUCUUUGUAUUGUUGAGUUUGCCUUUGCACGUCACACUGGAUCAUUCAACCUUUUAUUAUAAAUAAUAAUAAUUAAAACUUUAUAUGUAUACCACUUUUUAAAACUGAGUUACACAGUGCUUAGAUAGAGGAAGAAUAAGCAGCAGCAACACAUCAAUACAGUUUCUAGAUGAUAGGAAUGAAUUAGGAUUCAAUUAAAGAUGAAACCCCAGCACAUCUAAAGUUUUAUUUUUAUUUUAUUUUUCAAAUAAGUUAAAAGUAAUUAGGAUAAUAACAAUAAUAAAAUGAAUUUAAUUAAAAAAAAUUUAAAACAAAAUUUUAGAGGUUAAGACUUCAAAGUUAAGAGCGAAGUUAAAAGUCAUUUCCAGAAAAGGCAUACUUGUAAAAAUGGGUUUUUAAACAUAUUUUAAAGAGGAUAAGGAAGUUUCCAGUCUGAUCUCUUCAGGCAGUUCCAGAGUGACUCUGACCUUAUGAAAUGUUGUCUGACAUAUUUUACAGGUUACAGAUAUGGAGUCACCUGUCAGUGCACAAUAAUAAUGAUGGCAAUAAAAAUAAUGAUAAUAAUAACAUCCUUAAUGAUAAUUAAAAAAUAGUAAUAAUAAUCACUUAUAGGUCAGGUCAAUUUGUUGUCUCUGUGUGCGGUUUAAAUACAUAUUCACUGUCAUGUUUUCCUGUACUCCAGGUGUAUAUUGUGAAGUUUCUGUGUGGUUGAGGUGCGUUUGUUGUGGUUUCAGGACAUGCUGUUGCUGUGGGAACAGUUUUCAGACCCUGAUCAUCACAGUUUUCACUGACAUCAGAGCUAUCUUCACUCUGAGAAUCUUCCUAACACUGCAUCUGGCCUCUGUGUCCCCCACAUCACCUCAGUGGGGAGGAGCAAGCUAACAAAAAUGUUCUUAAUAAUUUUGGUGGCUGCUCAUACCCCUUACCUUCACAUACAGGUACACUGCUAAAUUAUGCCUUUAAAAAUAGCCCAAAAGAGACAUCUAGUGGCCAUUUUAGGCUACUACCGUUCAUUUACCUGAAUUUAAAACCUUAACACAGAGGAGGCAAACUCAACCACAGUAAUCUGGAUUUAGGUCUAUCCUGAGGGCCAAAGAGGGUCGACAUUUCAUCAAAACUGUCAACCUCAUUUAAAAAAAAUAUGUAACAAAAAUAGCAACGAUUAUAAAUCAUUUUGAAAUUCAAAUAUGAUAAAAAGAUAGAAAAAUUUAAGUUUUUAUUCUAUUUUUGUUUAUUAGUUCAAAAGAUCAGAGCAUUAUAUUAAAAACAGAAAAAUAAUGCAUUUAAAGAGCAAAUACAUGAGAACGUUAACAUCAGGUUUAAAAGGUCAAAAUAUGACUUAAAAUUUGAAUCUAAAGUAUAAAAAUUACACAAGUCUAAAUACUGAGUUAAACAAAUCAAAGCAUGACAUAGAAAAUCCAAUCACGUUUGGCUUGUAAUCCUGAGAUGCAAAAUUGAAAACAUGAAAUAAAACACCAAAUAUUUUUUUAGUCUAUGACCUAACCAAGAUGGCAGCGUCACACAGUUUCUGCGCAUGCGCCCUGCUCCAAAAUAAGGAAGUUGACGUCUUUUUGAAAACUAUGUAGAUGUGGCAUCGUACAUGAGCAGCGUUCAAGAGACGGAAAUCCACAGUAUUCUUCAUUUUAAGGUAAGAUGGGAUCGAAGAGAAGAAACGAGUGAAUAACUGCGGCAGCUGAGAGUCUGAGGUUUUGUUAGGCCGCUUUUGUUGAUCCGCUAAUGAGGUCGAGGUGUAAUUAUCAAAGUGAGGACUAAAGCAGGUAAAAUCAGCUGUUUUCUCAUCUGUUUACCUUUCAAACUCCGUUUUAUACUGAGACAUGAAACUAUGAAGUGUUAUAAAGACACUCUCUGCGCUGUAAUUCAUAUAAUGAUGUAAAUCUGACAGAUCUGAUUCGCCUUGUUAUUAUGAUACGUCUGUUUUUAGGGGUUUUACUAAGCUCAGUUUUUACUAAGCUUAGUUUUUACUAAUUCUGUUUCAUAUUUAGGUUUUAGCAGGUUCAGCACAUCAACAUGACACAUUUGCAGGAAAAGUCAUCAGAAGUGUGAAGGAGCACACCUUCACUUAUUACUUUACAACAGCACCAAAACACUCUUCCAGGACACUUUAACAAAUGUUUUUGACUUGUAUUUUAAGAUGAAGAAAUAUACAGAAAAGCUGCUUAAAAGAAACCAUUGUAGUCAGGAGUUUGGAUUAAACAUUCAUGCAUCAUAUGACCAGGUUCCCUCAGAAUAACUCCUCUACUUUUCCUCAUUUUAAUCCUUCGCCUGUUUGACACUCUUCCCACUGUUUUUCAUACCAGUAAAGCCCUUUAUUAUGGUUCAAAUGUGCUCCUUUUAAUCCAAAUUCACAGAAAGAAGAGUUGAAUUAAAUAAGUUACUUAUUUACAAAGCAUGCAAACUGUAGAUUUCACAUAAAGUAGCAGUGUGUGGUAUUUUACAGAAUUCAGAAGAACAUACACUGCAGAAUCGAAUAUAAAAAAAUCAAAAGUAUCUUUAAAAAGAGUGUGUUAUCACCUGAACGUAAAUGUUGAAAGCAUUCUGUGCACUUUUUUGCAGUACCUAGUAACAUACUCUCUAACGCUGGGCGAUAAAACAAUAACGAUAUGUAUCGAGAAUUAAUUCCCAAUAAUUAUAAAUUAAUAAUUAAUACCCGAUCAUUGGUCAACUUGUUUCUAUCAGUAACACUGAGAUAGUAUUCUGUUUACCAGCAUAAAACUUGUUAUCUUUCCAUAAUUAUUAAUAAGUUUUAAUAUGUUUGUCCCCUUUAAAUAAUAAAGAUAAGCUGUACACUAAACUGCCCAUGUAUAAAAUAAGAAACAUGCUUCCACACUUAUAUACAUUCAUACAAACAAAUCUACUCGGCUGGUCUAACUGUGAAAAUGCGUGUGUUGAUUAUGUUUUCCUGUUUUUCCGAACAGUUCCUAUGCCAUAAUGAAAGCAGCUCGAGGCAACAUACUGGGGACUGGACCGUCCAACAACAAAGUCAAGUAUUCACGUCUGGCAGCUGAUGAUGAUGGUUACAUAGACUUACAGGUGAGACGCACAUGAAGCUGCAAAAGAACAAAUCUGAGCUCAGAUAUUGUUAAACUAACUCAUAAUUACAUGUUUACAGUUUAAGAAAAGCCCACCAAAGGUCCCGUACAAGGCGAUAGCACUGGCAAUAUUCCUGUUUCUGGUUGGUUCCCUCCUGAUAAUCUUCGGGGCUCUCCUGCUGUCAGGAACCAUCGAGGUUGAGGUAAGUUUGUGUGUGACGUUACCUGGUUAUCCUUCUCUAUAGUCGUGUUGUUGGACCUGCCGUUCAAAUGUGUGAAAUGUGUUUGUGGUAUAAAUAUUGAGACGUGUUUGUUUUUUGUACUAUUGCUCUAAAGCUCGUUGUCAAGCGUGUCACAUUCUCCUGUAGUAUUUGUGUUUCCUAGAACUGACAGUAAAUACUCUGUCAGACCUGUUCCCACAAUGUCUCCGCCUGAGCUGCCUGCCUCCUGUCUUUUCUGAGUGUAAUUCCUGUUCUGAGGAUACUUCGAACCUUUUUUCUGUUCUUCUCUCUGUGUGAACCAAGGAAGCUGUAAAAAAUGUCCCCCCUUUUGUUUAGUUUUCAAACGGCUCCUUCUGAACGCACUUUCAUCAGUCUGACCUUCCAGUCACUUGUGAGCGUCUUAAUUGAGGAGUUGGGAGACAAAUAUUUCGCUUUCUCCAUAAGAGGUGGACAAGAAGAGUCUUACCAGCUUAACAUAGGUGCUCCAAGUCUGAAUAGUUGGUUGGUUUGUUGUAUCUUCACAGAAGUCCUCUGAAAACAGAAAACAAAGAGCUGUUCUCCUCUCCCUCCUCACAAAGUAAAAAGCAAACAAAGCCGAACCAGCCUCUUUUCUUCCUGUUUGCUUCAUUUUCUGCACUUACAUGAUAAUGAGGACAAUUUUCUCAUCUCUCUUAAGGCAAGAAGGAGCAGAAAAAAUUACCCAAACUGUUUUUUUAACACAAGCUGUGGUCCAAGAACACGUCUCUAGUAAAUAUCCGGCAGAAUAUUCUGCAGAAUUUUGGAUUCAGGAUCAAGUAGAUUUAGGAGUAAGUAAAACUGACAGCUCAUCUCAGCAGGCAUUUACUGCCAGGGUUUGAAACAUGGCAGUUUUGGGUCACUUGAUAAUACAGUAUGAAAAUAUUUCAGUCAGAACCAAAAAAGUGUUUGAGUGUAAUUUGUGCCUCUACUUCAAACUCACACUAUCAGAGCCAAUAAAGCCUCCAAAAUUUCCGCUCAAUCAGUAAUUAAAACACUGACUCUGCUGAGAAACGUAUCUUUAAAUAUCUGUAAUUGAACAGUCGUCCUGACAUUACACUGCUUUGCUGCCAACUUUCACCGCACACUUGCUUUUCCUCGCCAAAAAGGUCUGUGAGUGUUAAAGUCUGAGGAUUUUGAUAUUUUAUACUUGGUCUCAUGUUGUGCUUUCUGCUUCCUAACCUCAUGACUCUAUGUGCAUGUUCAUGUUAUAUAUUUAAAUUUGAAGGAAAUUUGAAUUGACGUAAAGGCUGCCGUGGAGCAUCCAAGCCUUUUUCUUGCCAAUUAACCUACGCACGUCGAAAAAGCACAUUCAAUACUGUGAAUUAUACAAGAUUCAAGCCGUGAAUAACAAAAGGAUGGGACAUGGAUGGAUUUUUUAAGAAAUCCUGAUUUAAAAUGUGAAUAAAUUACUCUUUUGUUGGGCAACAGUGUUUAUGAUAAGGCAAGGUCGUCCGUAAACAAAGCAAAAAACUAUAACAGUGGCAAACACAGCAAAACAAGGAGCGGAUUAAAAUAAGUCAGCUCUUUACUGAACUGCCAGUUAUAGGGAUGUGCCGAUAUAAGAUUUAAUCGCGAUAUGCGAUAUUAAACGGCCGCGAUGAUGAAAUCGUAAGGUACUGUCAUAAUCGUCCCACAAUUAUAAUUUAAAGACGAGUGGCAGCGUCACUCAGCGGAGGCGAGCGAAGCCGAGUACUUACCAACCUAACCCGCUUGUAGUCUUACCCACGGUGUCAAAAUGUACAAACAAACCACCACAAAAGUAGAAAUCCCAAACUGGCAUCAUUAAUGCCAGCCUGACAAAACGGGAACAUUAAAAGAGAAAUUGAAGAAAUUUUACAACAAAAUGCGUGUCCACCCGAGGCACUGAUGGAGCGUGUCCACUCUGUGAACCGGAAACACUUUGAAGAAGAAGAAAAAAAGUUGACGCACACUUUCCAACUUCCAACCAACGUAACGAUGCAGCCGGACCGACAACAGUCGGAGAAAGACGAAACGCCUCAGCUGUAUCCUAAAAAGGUUUCGUCGGCAGUAUGGAGGUUUUACGGCUAACUUUAGCUCCAAAGAGCUAAUGCUCCCAACGCCGCGUUAGCCGCCUCUUGCUCAUAUUGUCUGUGUGUGUCAUGCUGCGCACGGAGAAGUGAUUUCACAGUUGUUUGCCAUUUUUAAUAACUUUAAAAGCAAUGCGCUAAAAUCGUGAUAAUAUCGUGAAUCGUGAUAUUUUGGGCCACCCAUAUCGUGAUAUCAAAUUUUUCAUAUCGGCACAUGCCUGGUCAGUAAUGCUACACUUAUUACAGCCUCCGUUGACAAACAUGUCUUGGUAGUUCAUAUCCAGUCGUUUUCAUUUUGAUAGAUUUAGUUUGGUUUAAAAAACUAGCAGGCCAAUAAAGGGCAGAAUGAUGAGUCUUUUAAACAUUGCAAAUAUGAUAUCUGUAUGUGUGAUUGUUAUACUCCAAGUUGUUCGAUGACCGGGUCAGUCAGACCUGAAACACACUCUACCAUUCCCACUAAACUCUGUUGAACACACAGAGCACUGACCGCCGUGAGUCUGUGUUCAUGUGUAAACACCCAACAAACACUCCAUCAUAGAAUAGAAUAGAAUAGAAUAUUCCUUUAUUGAUCCCCCAUGGGGGAAAUUUUUUUGUCACAGCAGCAUCACAGACAAGCCAAAAAGUGCAAAAAUGCAGUUAUAACAAUAAGGGUCCUAAUAUUAAGAACUUAAAUAAAUGUAAUAAUUAAGAAAAAAAUUAGAAAAGGGAGAAGAAAAAAUAAAGCUUUCUACAAUAUACACAAUUUAAAUGCCAUAAAAAAAGUGGUGGUGUAAAAUCAGUUUUGUUACUGUUCAUUGUAAAGUCUUAUUGCAGAGGGGAGAAAUGAGACAAUCAGAGUUUUUCAUUAACAGAACUGACAGGACCGCAGUGUUUACUCUCAGUGUCUCCACCUGUGGAGUUUUCAUUGAGUUAACUCACCAUCACAGGGCUUGUUACGCAGAUUAGACAUCAUUUUGAACAUUGCAUGGAUUUUUUUUACCACUCACAGGAACGUUUUUUGGAAGCUUUAAGUUUAUGGAGUAAACUGUCUCCUCCUCUUGCCUCUGCUCCUUCAUGCAGACGUCUGAGCUGCUGUCCGAGGGCACCGUCAGGUAAACGUAGGAGGGGGAUUUGAUUUAAAAACCAAAAAGAGGCUAAAAGAUUCAAAUGCUAAAUAACUGAUAUAAAUCCCUGUAUUUUUUAUAUCACAAUACACAUCACAGAAAGGACAUAUGUCUUUGUCCAGCACCUCUUCAAAGGUACAGUAAUACUCCCAUCUGGUGGUUAAAUCAAACACUACACUUGGCAGAGUCAUCCCUGCUUCCUGAUGGUUCGCUGCUUUGUAUAUAAAAUGGUUUAUGAUUUGCAUGUGACCAAAUCUCUGAUCCUCUGCACAGUCUUUCCGCCGACAGAAGGUUACGCUGGGAUACGUUCAGGCGAGAUGAAUACUUUGAAAAAUCUGAUCUGCUGCUUCCAGUGACUCAUUACUGAGUAAAAUAUGCUUCAGAUUGAUGUAUGGGAGUGAAUAGUGGUUCUGACACACAGCCCCACUUAAUUAACCCCAUUAAUAAAAAGGAGUAUGAGCUGAUUACUUAUCAUCACAUGACUGUUUUUGUUGUGUUUCUAGCAUCCAGACCGCACCAUCCCCGUCAUCAUCAUCGGACUGCUGGUUUUCCUCCCCGGGUUUUAUCAUCUGAGAAUUGCCUACUUCGCUGCCAAGGGUUACCGUGGUUACUCAUAUGAAGACAUCCCAGAUUUUGGCGACUGA